AAAAAUUCGAAAAAAAAUUAAAAAUUAUAAGAAAUAGGAGAAGAAUAAAUCUUAGUUCCGCGAUAGUGACAACGACAAAGCGCACCGCGUAGCGGAAGUCAUAAGAAAAAGAGACAUUAAUUUCAGAGCUCGCAACCAAACACAGCGCAACCUCGUUUGUUCCGAAGCUUGAAACAGAACCAUGUCCACUAGAUUUCGGGGAUCACAAGAACACCAACAUGGUUCUUCUUCCACCACCCAAGCUGCUGGACUUGUUGCUACUUUCAAGGAUAAAAGUGUUGAUGAGCUGCGGAAGCUUUUAUCUAACAAAGACGCAUAUCAGCAGUUCUUAAAUUCACUGGAGGAGGUCAAGAUUCAAAAUCAUGUGACAGAUGAACUUUGCAAGGAGAAUCUGCAGCUUGCUGACGAAAAUCUACGAAAAGAACCUCGCAUUGUGGAACUCAGUAACCAGUAUAGAAUAAUUUGUACGACUGAGUUAGGUGCUGCUCAAGAGAAACUAAAUGAGCUUUACAGGCAGAAAGAGGAAAUAACGAAGUUGAAUUCCCCACUGUACCUUCUCCAAAGGAUUCAAGAGGCUAUGAAUAAGACAGAUGAGGAAUCCGAAAAUCUGCACCGUCAAUUCCUUGACAGAGAAAUUGACCUUGGAGCCUUUUUGCAGAAAUACAAAAAGCUACGCACCGCUUACCACAGGAAAAGUCUAAUAAAUCUUGCAGCUAAAACAUCAAAUAUAUGAGCAUCGCAUAAGAAUAUCCAGAAUUAGGAAUGUAACUUGUUUGUAGAGCCUGUAAUUGAUUUUCAGUUCAUUCUUGCCAAUAUAGUAGUCCUCUGUCAAUAUUUAAGUAGUUUCAGACCAUCUUAAAAAUAGUACACAAUAUCCUCUUAUUUGGCUCCCGCGUUAUUUUCAUCAAUAAGAUUUUCCAGAGGCUGUGAUGUGAUGUAAUUAUCAUCGUUAUUAUAGGAUCCAACUUGUGUUUUAAGUGUUUGGACAUGUGAAAAUAAUGCGUUGUGCUUUUUCAUAGAGAAAGGUUAAA